GCAUACUGAGUGGAACUCCAGGUUGGUGUCAACCGUUCACGCUCUGAUAGUGGGAUUCUUUUGUUUGUACAUCCUAUGCUUCGAUGAGGCGGUCAACGCCAAUCCUGUCUGUGGCAUCUUGAGAUCAUCCAUGAAAAAACAAGAGCUGCCGUCCAUUACGUGUUAUUAAAGUCUGUGCAAAUCCUAGCUCUUGUUACACAGACUUUGACCCACUCAUUUGCUAUACGACACAUGACUGUGAUGUCUUCAUUGUUAUUUGGGACGGAUGCUAUUUGCAAGGACACCUAAGAGUCAUCAGGUUAUGGCUCUCUGUGAUGCAGAUACUUGCAUAAAAGAUUGAAUUGCAUCAUUUAACCUGUAUUGCUUCACUUAUUCACAGCCUCAUUAACGCGGUGCUCUUUUUAAGCUAAUAUACUGUAAAUAUGUAAUCUCAGCUUCUGUCAAAGCACAUCAGCAGCAAACAAUCACUGGUGAAUUUGAAAUUUGAAUGAGAUUCAUGGAUAAGUACUAAGCAGAGGAACACUUUUUUUAACACCAUGUUCUUUGCCAUUCCACAGGGGGGACCCCAGUAUGGUCAAAUUAAAUGUAGCCAUAACCUGUGGCUACCUACUGUAUGGUGAGUUAUUGUGUUAUCAACUCAUCUGUCAUCAUCUAUAUCCUUGCUCAGGGUCAAUCCAUACUGAUGAUAUAAAACACCUCACACAGCAUUGUCCUCUACAAAACAUACAGAAACCUGUACAGUUCUUCGCUUUGUGCACAAAACAUGAUAUUCAUAUUUUUAACCUUUCUGCCACUGAUAGUUCGUCCUGAUUUGGUGGAUAUGUACACAAUACCAUUUUGUCAGCUCUAUUUUAAUAUCCCACCUUUUCUAGAUUUGUUGCUGCUUGCAUGUAAUUGGAGCACUAUGGGGGACAGAUUUUUUGUCUGUCACCACUUGGCGGCGCUCUAUGCAUAUGGAUAUGUGCUGACUCGCGGCGUGCUGCCCUACUUUGCCAACUUUCGUCUCAUUUCAGAACUAUCCACACCCUUUGUGAACCAAAGGUGGUUCUUUGAAGCAUUAAAAUACCCCCGCUCAAACAGGAUGGUGGUCGUAAAUGGUGUCGCGAUGACAGUGGUCUUCUUCCUGGUGCGCAUUGCUGUCAUGCCAUCCUACUGGGCAAGUGUAUUUUCCACAUUUGGCACCGAAGACUUUGAGCGCCUGGGCUCGGGUGCCCAGAUAGCUUGGAUCAGCUCCUGCGUAGCCCUUGAUAUCUUGAACACUAUCUGGAUGUUCAAGAUCACUCGAGGCUGCUACAAGGUAAUGGCCGGAUCGAAAGCUCAGAAGGAUCAAGAGAGAGUGGAGGCGUCGACCUGCUCGCACAAGAAAAAGCAUGCCAACAACCACACAGACUAAAAGAGAGCAGAGGGACGCAAGCAGGGGGAGAAGCUGCACAUCUAGGACGAUCUCCACCCUCAAAUCCUGAAGCUCAGCCCUCGAUCUUCCUGACGUUGACCAAUAGAAGUUGCUGUAAGUCCUCAGGUUCGAACCCAGACCCAAGACAUGGGGACUCAAUCAAGCACCAGCCUUUGCAGCCUCGGUGGUUUUCACUGGCAGAUGAGCAUCCUGCUGCUCUUUGUUGCAGACGACGAGAUGGCGCGCUCAAGUACACUUUUUUCUUUUUCUUUUUUUAUUUAUUUAUUUUUUUUUUUUUUUUUUAAAAACCCGCAUCUUUGCCCCCUUACCUCUGCUUUGGUUCAACAUCUCCUCCACCUUUGUGUCUCGUCUCACGUCAGCCAAAGCCCAAUCCUUUGAAGUGCCUGUGAGCAAUAAAAUCGGCUAGUCACGGUUUAACACUGAAAUGCUCCCUCUCUGCCCAAAUUCCAGGAGAUGUAGCAUUUGAGGCCCGUGCUAAGUCUGUCAAUCGACAGGGCAUCUUGUCUUAAGCGCACCAGACCUCGACUUAAAACGGAACAACACCGCAAUGCCUCGUCUCCAGUAUUUCCUGCUGUGGCCUGUUUGUACUAGUCACCAGCCAUUGGCCUCAUAGCCCACUCCAAUUGGAAUUACACACCAAAAUGAAAAAAGACUAAGAUCACACAUGUACGAAAUAGAGACACAUCGUAGCAGACAUCUGUAGCUUUGUAUUUGGCUCCUCUCGUCCGACCGUCGAUCUGGAGCCCUCUUCGUGCUCUAAUUUUGCAUAGCCUUAAGCCCUCGUCAGCCUGACUAACACGACCAUAUUAGACUCAUCACAUCAUUUGCCUCACUGGAUUGGGCUUCGCUGUUCAGCCUGAACUUUUUUAUUUUGUAUUUGAUUUGUUCUACCUACGCCCUUCCACCCCCUUGCCUUAUCAUCAGCAAGCUUUUACUUUUUCCUCUCUCUACUCUCUCACUUCCUUCAUCUCUCAAUAACGGAGAAAUAAUCAAGGUGGAGGCCAAGUAGAUGUGUGGAUGAACAACAGCCUUUUCUUUCCUUGACUCCAAGUUUUGUAUUCGAUGCCCUACUUCAAAACCAGCAUGGUGCGUUUUCCUUCCCCCCCCCCCUAUUAAGCAGUUUUUUUGUGUUUUUGUUUUUUUUAGCAAUUUCACCAAGCAAUAUAAUGUAUUUUUAAAAGCAAGAAUUUCUAAUUAUUCAAUUCAUUUUUGAUGUAUCAUUUAAAACCAAGCCAGAGUCUUUGGAACGCUCCCACCGGCAAUGUGGCAUUCUGCAUGCUAGUAUUUUUAUUUCUGUAUUUCUAGAGCGCGCGGUGGCAUUAGCCUCAUUCCCACUGAACGGUAUGUUUCAGUUUACCACACUACAGAUGGGAUCGGUAAAUCCAGACGUGCAGCUGUUGGAGUUUGAACUGCAUCGACCGAAACCUCUGCUAUGGUUCAAUGUUAUUCUGCUCCAUAAGGCGCCGGCAUUGAAACGGGAGCGGAAAAUUUCAAGAAAAUAAAGCAAAAGGCUGCAGUGUGCGGACAGGAACCACAGUGGCUACGGAAAGUAUUCAGACCCCCUUCAAUUUGUCACUCCUUGUUAUAUUGUAGCCAUUUGCUAAAAUCAUUGAAAUGAAUUUUGGAAUAAAUCUUUGCAGAUUUAUUAAAAAAGAAAAACUGAACUAUCACACAGCCAUAAGUAUUCAGACCCUUUGCUGUGGCACUCAUAUAUUGAACUCGGGUGCUGUCCGUUUCUUCUGAUCAUCCUUGAGAUGGUUCUCCACCUUCAUUGGAGUCCAGCUGUGUUUGCUGAUACUGUUUGAACUUGAUUAGGAAAGCCACACGCCUGUCUGUAUAAGACCUUACAGCUCACAGUGCACGUCAGAGCAAAUGAGAAUCGUGAGGUCAGAGGAACUGCCUGAAGAGCUCAGAGACAGAAUUGUGGCAAGCCACAGAUCUGGCCAAGGUUACAAAAACAUUUCUGCUGCACUUAAGGUUCCUAAGAGCACAGUGGCCUCCAUGAUCCUUAAAUGGAAGACGUUUGGGACGACCAGACCCUUGCUAGAGCCGGCCGUCCGGCCGAACUGAGCAAUCGGGGGAGAAGAGCCUUGGUGAGAGAGGUCAAGAAGAACCCAAAGAUCACUGUGGCUGAGCUCCAGAGAUGCAGUCGGGAGAUGGGAGAAAGUUCUAGAAAGUCAACCAUCACUGCAGCCCUCCGCCAGUCGGGGCUUUAUGGCAGCCAUAAAGUGGCCCGACGGAAGGAAGCCUCUCCUCAGUGCAAGACGCAUGAAAGCCCGCAUGGAGUUUGCUAAAAAAAACAAACCUGAAGGACUCCAAGAUUGUGAGAAAUAAAAUUCUCUGGUCUGAUGAGACCAAGAUGGAACUUUUUGGCCUUACUUCUAAGCGGUAUGUGUGGAGAAAACCAGGCACUGCUCAUCACCUGUCUAGUACAGUCCCAACAGUGAGGCACGCUGGUGGCACCAUCAUGCUGUGGGGGUGUUUUUCAGCUGCAGGGACAGGGAGACUGCUUGCAAUCGAGGGUAAGACGAAUGCGGCCAACUACAGGGAUAUCCCGGACAAAAAAGUUCUCCAGAGUGCUCAGGACCUCAGACUGGGCCGAAGACAACGACCCUAAGCACAGAGCUAAAAUACCGAAGGAGUGGCUUCAGAACAACUCCGUGACUGUUCUUGAAUGGCCCAGCCAGAGCCCUGACUUAAACCCAAUUCAUUAAUUAAUUAAUCUGCAAAAAUGUCAACAAUUCUGUUUUUGGUCAAUAUGGGGUGCUGUGUGUACAUUGAGGGGGGGGGGGGAACUGAAAUGAUUUUGGAAAAUGGCUGUAAUAUAACAAAGAGUGACCAAUUUAAGGGGGUCUGAAUACUUUCCCUACCCACUGUACAAAGAAGGAACACCGAUUUCGAAUCGUCCUUGGCGCAUAAUCCUGAAUGAUGGUGCUUGUUUUCUUCCCUUUGAAUUCAUUCCAUUGCAAUCUGUGAGGAAGCCAGCCGAUUCUGUCAACCAAUCAAAACCAGACCGCUGUUACCGGCCCCCGUACACAGAAGUACUGAAAAGUGGGACGGUUAUUCUGGGACCCUUGUCAAUGGAAAUGCAUUAGCGCAAGGUGGAAUUGAGGCUAUUGAUCUAUUUCUGUGAUGCCUUCGAGGAAUGGUCAGUAUAGAUAAAUGGCAUCUAUACAUAAAUUGCACCUUUUGCUCUGAACAUAGUGAAUGCAUGUACUUUCUCUCUCUCCCAGCAUGUCUCCCUCCACAUGCGCACGCUGUGUGGCUAACCCGAAUACAUGUACAAGUCAGCGGUUCACAUUUGAGUGUCGCCACACGACACACGAAAGUCGUCCCCUGCAUGUUUCCUUUUUUGCGUGCGUCUUUUGUAUUUCUCAGUGGAUACACGGUGGGUUAAUGUUGGACUUUGUAACUGUAGAGCGAGAAAAAGCACACUCCCGAUGGAGCAAUAACUCUUGACCUCCUGGAUUUCGGUCUGUCACCACAGAGGAGAGGCUGACACAUCCGGUGCCUUUUACAGAAAUAUGGACUAACAUUUUGAUAAGCAUGAACUUUCUAAUGCGAAUAUCCUCUGAUAUGAUUGUCAUUUAUGUACUCCUCUGUAUUCCAUGUGUAUACUCAAUGUAUACUGUAUAUUUUUCUAAUAUGCCUGCACAAUGAUUCAUCCGGCCAAGUAUUAAUAUAAUCCAAAGAUGAUCGGGGAGGCUGUCAUGUGCUCUUCCGUUGGCCUCUUGACAACAGACAGGGCCACGUCUCCGUGAAUGUUGUCAUUGGUUUCAUGAGCGACAUGAACGGUAUCCGGCGGGAUUAAGAAUGGAAUCCAGAUGUAUUUAUUUUUGGGACAUGAGAUCUUUAAAUGAGAUCAUGAAAUAGUAGGCUAAUGUCUCACUAUGUUAGCCUCCUCAAAGCUGUGAAUAGAAGAGAACUACAGUGAAAGACUACAAAAGUGGAAGAUUUCCUGAGGUCAGUAGGACACUUGUGGCAUGCUGGGAGUUUGGCUCAUGCACAAAGUCAAAAUUCAUCCAGACCUGCUUGUUAAUGGACUGGACUGUUGGAACUGUUGUUGUCAGGGUUUUUGUCUUGUUGUUGUUGUUGUUGUUGUUGUUGUUUUGUCUCAUUUUCAAUUGUGUUUUUUUUCUUUUUUUUUUUUUUUUUAAAGUUUUGUUUAAAAUUAAUAUAAAAGCGCUACAAAAGUGCUUCAUCGCACAUGUUGGGGCUGGUCAGAAAAUCAAUUGUUUCCAGAAGGCUGCUUAUGAUUUUAAGUGUGUGUACUGUUUUAUCAGGUUUGAAAACCACUUUGCCUUUAUUUCUUUUGAGGAGGCCAGUGUUACAACAAUACAGGAGAUAUCGUAAGGACUAUAUUUAAUACUACAGUGUAUAUACAGUAGAUCUAAAACGAAUAGAUCACUGUACCAUCCUGCUUUUGAAUUAGUUCUAUCAGAGGCUAAUUGAUUCCUUGUCCUUUGGGUUAGGGUUAUAAGGGUACGAUUUAAAAAUAGAAAAGCAGCAUCACAGUUAAACUAUCUUGAGGUUAUGCAUGUUUUUUUGUGUGUUUUUUUUUUGGUCUUCAGUUGAUGACAUUGAAUGACUUGAAUUACAGAGUCACAAUCAGGACGUGUGUAAGAACCUCCUUAUCAAUCAAUCACCUUAUAACUGGAAAUAUUGUAGACAAAUCAAUUGAACACUUUGAAUGACUUUCUUACCUUUUGUCCCAUUGCCUUUAUUUUAUGGAAUGUCACAUGUUAAGUCUUUUGUUAGUUUUGCUGAAUCUUUUUUUAUGGGUGAGCCAGCCAAGACCACACACAGGCUUUUUUUGGGAUCCUCUGUGACGUGGACAUAUAAUGGUUGUUAUCUACAAUAACCAUGUAAUCGUAGGGAUUAAAACAUGAGAUUUACUUGAAAGUGUUCUUCAAUAAACUUGAAGACAAAGAGAA